CCGGCGUGGCACAGCUCCGACCCAGAGCUGAGAACUCACUCCGGCUGAGAAGAAGAGCACAGAAGCAUCAUCUCCUUACUUAGACAGGACCACCAUCCACCAUGGAGAGAAGCAGGCGGCUGUGGCUGUAUGUACUGACCUGUGCCCUAUCUCUGCUCAUCGGCCUGGAGACCUUGGCUGAGUCUUACCCAUCCAAACCUGACAGCCCCAGGCAGGACUCCCCACCAGAGGACUUGGCCAGAUACUACUCAGCUCUGCGGCACUACAUUAAUCUCAUCACCCGACAGAGAUAUGGAAAACGAUCCAGCCCAGAGACCCUGAUCUCAGAUCUCUUGUUGAGAGAAAGCACAGAAAACCUUCCUAGAUCCAGGUUUGAGGAUCCUUCCACGUGGUGAUGGGAAUUCCAGCUCAUCUUCAGUUUUUUCCUAUUCUUUCCUGUAUUCCAGGCUACAAAGCCUGGUUUACCUGGAUCUACCAACCUUGCCAAUGCAUGCAUCACCCCUUCCCACAUCCCUUGAGUUUAUUUCCCAUGAUUGUCUUGAAUAUAUGUUUAUUUAAAUAAACCACCAUGCAUUCAAAAUGUAACAGCAAAUGAAAAUUUUACUAUUGGAAGAGUAAGGAUUGUUGUGAGUUAUUAAAUGCUAUUUAAACAUCA